CUCUAGAUCGCUGAGGUAUAAACUAUCGAUUCUCAACGCUCGCUGUUGCCAUGCUGGGCUAAAUGGUCUUUGGAGAGAAAAGGCAUUUGCCUGUAUACGGGUUAAACAUGGAAGUAAAAAAGUUUCAUGCCCGUCUUUAUGAAAACUUUCAACAUAAACUCGCUCUAAAAUAGAUGGUAUUUAUGGUCAUGUUCGACACUUUGCGCUCUUUUUCAUUUCCCGCUAACGUUAGCUUGCUUGCAUCUUUUCGUGUUCUGCGUUUCUUUUACAUGUUUAGCUUGCUAGCUCGACUGGAUUUUCUGACUGAGAUGUGGACUUGAUCAUGGCCGCACAAGUGGCAACAGCCCCAACAUCAACUGUUAAGAAAAGGUCGAGUUUAACUAGCAGCGUGAGUCAAGAUUUUAAAUCUGCUAAACCUGGAGUAGUUGGUGGAGCUGUACUUGGGGUAGGAAACGGGACUAUCGUUCAUGCUAUUAAUGUAGAACGCAAUCACCAUGAAUUGAACCCAAACAGAGCUCGAGUUUUUCCUGUAAACAACAAUUCGAGUCAACGUGAGAAGGAAAGUGGAGAUUCUAGAUCGGAGUCUUUUUCGACUUCAAAUUGUAGCGUGAGUUCGGGAAGCAUGGAGACGGGAACGCUUGUCAGUCAUAAAGUGAAAAUUGUUGGUGUCGGAGAUCCUCCUCCACCGCACCACCACACACCUCCACAGCAACAGCCAUUCAAUCAAUUCAUUCAGCACCAACAACGCCAAAUUCACAACAGCCAACAGUCGAUACAUGGAGAAAGUGGAAACCGCCAACAUGGAGGAAAAGAGAACGUUGUUUUAGGGAAUCAAGUGGAGCUCCAUCAGCAGCAACAAAUGCUAAAUAAAAGUGAGGAGGAGGACCAACCGGGCAAAACGGAGGACCGGAUUAACAGCAGGUACGACCAUGCCAGUUUGGGAACAACUAAUAACAUCAACCCGUCCCAAAGUGGGAACAGUUCAGUUUUGGAGAUAAAUAAUAGUUAUUAUGGAAAGGGAAGAGGAGGGCCUUGCUUUGAUCAACAUGGCGGACAACAAAGCCCAGAGUCUGGGAUAAUACAUUCGGUACAACAGAACAAUAUGGAUCAACUUCAACAAAACUCCCACGAAGGAUACCAAAACAACCCGUACAAUCACUACCCGAACUACCGACCUGGCUACGGUAACAGUGGAUAUGGGAUGAUGAGUCCCUCUCGGCACGGGAACAACAUGAUGGGCCCAGUCAGCAACACUGCUGCUGCUAAUCAUAGCAGAGCUGCCAUGGCUGCUGCCUCUUCUUCUGGUAGUGCGAAUAUUGGAGGGUUUCACAGAUUUCCAGGGCAAAGUCAGCAGCAUCCGUCGGGGGCUACCCCGACUCUUAACCAGUUACUGACGUCCCCGAGCCCUAUGAUGCGGGGCUAUGGCAGUGGCUAUCAAGAUUACACUAAUCCUUCUGCUGAACAACAACAAUCAAGCAUGGGGCUGACUAAAGACUUGAGCUCCCAAUACGGUUCAACAACUCAUAGUUGGGGAGGACAAGAAAGAAAUCACCCUGCCAUGAGCCCUGGAAACAACGGACAAGGAAGCGGCAGAUCACAGGUGCCACCAAUAGACGCCAUGGCAAUGAAGCGCUCUCAGCUGUACGGCAUGGGCAACAACCCUUACUCCCAGCAACAGCAGGGCGGGGGCGGCUCCUACCCUGGCCAACCAUACGGAUCGCCUUCUCCUCACCGCUACCCAAUGGGAAUGCCUGGGAGGGGUCAGAUGGGCAUGAGUGGAAUGCAGUAUCCUCAACAGCAGCAGCAGAUGGCAGCUCAGUAUAGGCAGCAGCAGGGGGGCAUGAGUGGGUACUGCCAGCCACAAGGCCAGCCCCCGUACUCCAGCCCUCCCCAGCAGCAGCCUGCAGCCCCCACACAGCCCCCCUACAUGCAGGCACGUCCACUGCCACAGCAGGAGGUGUCACAAGAGGGCUAUGUCAAUAGGGCCCAAUCUCCUAUGACCCCUGGGAAGCUCAACCAUGAGGAGAUGGGCCUCAGCCAGCAGGACAGACCCUCCAGUCUACCUGACCUGUCUGGGUCUAUAGAUGACCUUCCCACGGGCACAGAGGUGGCUAUCAGCUCAGCGGUCAGUGCUUCGGGGUCCACCAGCAGCCAGGGCGAGCAAAGUAACCCGGCCCAGUCUCCCUUCUCACCCCACAUGUCCCCUCGCCUGCGUAGCGGCCCCUCCCCCUCCCCCGUGGGGUCACCCGUGGGAUCCAGCCAAUCACGCUCCGGACCGAUCUCCCCUGCCAGCGUCCCAGGUACCCAGAUGGCCCCACAGACCCCUGGGAACAUGUCUGAUGUGGGUUCCCAUUCCACCCUGAGCCAGUCCCCCAUGUCUCAGGAGAGAGGGUUCCCACCUGCCAUGCAGAGGAACACCACAGUCCCCCAGCAGUCAGUUCAGGGACCCGCCAUGUCCCCUCACUCGUCCCCCGGGGGCUCCAUGCACCCCCAAAGCUCCUACCACCAGCAGCAGCUGCAGGGGGGCCCCGGCCCCUCGUACGGACCCCAGGCCAGCCAGUACGGCCCCCAAGGUAACUACCCCAGACCCCCUAACUACGGUGGGACCCCCAGUGCCAACUACAGCGGCCCCGGCCCUGGCAUGAGCAACAGCCUGGGCAUGAACGCCAAUAGCCCCAUGCACGGCCAGGGCCCUGGGCAGCCCUGUGGCUCCAUGCCCGCCGGGCGAGGCCUGGGCCCGGGGGCCAGUGGGCGACCCCACCUCGGUGCCAAUACCAACACCAUGGCCCCCACCUCUCCCAGCAUGCCGCAGCCUGCCGGCCAGGGCAUGAGACCGCCCCUGCCCAGUGUUAACCAGGAGGCAGGUCUGGGUCUGGGAACCAACGCCAUGCAGGGGCCCAACGCUGGUCCCAACCCUUCUGCACAGGGCAGGCCUCCCUACGCGCGCUCCCCUGCCUACCCCGGCCUGAGUUGUCCUGGGACGUGCCCUCGCCUCUCUCCCCAUCACUCUCCCUCCCCUCACCCCCAUCACUCUCCUUCCCCCCAUCUCCCCCACCACACCCAGGUCAGCAGUGCUCAGAGCCAUCCCAUGAUGCAGCAGGCUGACCAGUAUGGGCAGGGAAUGACCCCCAUGCCUCACCAUCCAGGCAUGAGCCCCAGAGGGAUGUCCUCCAACCCUGCUGGCCCCUACAGCCAGCAGCCAGGGGCCAACACCUCUGGGAGGAUGACCCCACAGGGGCACCAACCUCCCUACAACGCACCCUCCGGGCCCAUGCUUAUGGGAGGAGAGGGGAUGGUGUGUCCCACUGACCCCAAACCGAGACCUCCAGAGCAGUACAGGGAGAGCAAUACUCCUGGUCCUGCCACCGAGCCCCCACCUAAACCCAAGAAGACCAGCCCGGCCACCAUGACCAAUGAGAAGAUUCGCAUCCUGUACGAGAUGGGCGUAGAGCCCGAGAGGCAGGUGUGGGUGGACCGUUACCUGGCCUUCAUGGAGGAGAGAGGCACGCCUGUACCUAUGCUGCCAGCCGUGGGCAGGAAGCCCCUGGAUCUGUGCCGCCUCUACCUGUGUGUUCGAGAAAUAGGAGGACUGGCCAUGGUGAACAAGAGCAAGAAGUGGAGGGAGCUGUCCACCCAUCUCAACGUGGGCACGUCCAGCAGCUCUGCCAGCUCUCUGAAGAAGCAGUACAUCCAGUACCUGUUUGCCUAUGAGUGCAGGGUGGAGCGGGGAGAGGAGCCGCCGCUGGAGAUCCCGGGGGAAACCAAGAAACAGGCUAAGAUCCAGCCACCCUCACCGGCCAACUCUGGCUCCCUGCAGGGUCCUCACACCCCCCAAUCUACAGGUAGCAGCUCCAUGACUGAGAUGUCAGAGGGCAUGAAGCUUCCCACUCCUGCCACCACACCACACGUGACCCCCCAGCCAGGUAACAGGAACAGUGUUGGUAUCCGUGUCCAGGAUCCCUUCUCAGAGGUCAGUGACCCUGCCUUCCACAAGCGAGGGCCCAUGCCCUCUGGCGCCCAAUACCAGCAGGUUGGCGGUUGUGCAGACCCCUCCAUGAGGAUGCAGUAUGACGCCAACAAGGACCCCUAUGAAGGGCCCCGGAAGGGGCCAGGGGGCAGUGAGCCCUAUAGACCAGGUCAGAUGCCCAGCGGUGCCAUGCAGGACAUGUACCCCCGUGGUCCUCCCUCAGUAGCCAUGCCAGGGAUGGGUAUGGGCCCUGGCCCGCGGUCACAGUACCCCUACGGGCCUGGCUACGACAGGAGACCAGACCAUGUGAUGGGUUCGGAGGGGGGUGCGCCUCCCCCUGGGGGCCAGAACAACAUGGUACCUUCCAGCGGUGACCCAAGCAUGUACUCUGCCAACCGAUAUCCCCAUCAGCGGCCACAUGGACAUGAAAGUUAUGGGCAGCAGUACCCUCACGGCCCCAUGCCCUAUAGCUCUCACCAGUCUGGGAUGUACCCACAACAGGGCUAUAAGAGGCCAGUGGGACAAGAGGGGAUGUACGGUCCCCCUGCUAAGCGCCAUGAGGGUGAAGCCUACGACAUGCAGCAGUACGGAGGGCAGCAGCCAGACAUGCACCGCCAGUAUGGAGGGGGCUACAUGGGGCCGGAGCACAGGCCCAUGCAGGGCCAGUACCCUUACCCCUACAGCCGAGACCGCAUGGGAGCCAUCCAGGGGCCCCAACAACACGGCAUGAUGAGCGGAGGUCCUCCCUUCCCCUCCGGAGCCUCUCCAGAUGGCCCCCAGGCCAACAUGUGGCACCCCAGGACAGACAUGGGCUACCCCGGGCCCUACCCUGGCCGACAGGGCCAGGGGCCACCUUACCCUGUUAUGGGCCGGGGUCCGGGGGAUGACCCAGAGGGAAGGGCCCUCCAGGACGGCCAAUGGACGUCCGGACACCCGGGCCAACGCCAGUCCCCAUGCCCCUCUUCCUCCUCCAUGCCCCCCAUGGCUUCCCGACAGCCCCCCUCCUCCUACCAGUCUAACCCUGCCAUGGCCAACCACAUCGCUAGAGCCCCCAGCCCCUUCGCCCGGCCCAUGGGGGGACCCGGACCCCUUUCCCCCAACAACGGGGGCCACUACAUGGCCUCUCUGAAGAAGGCAGGGAUGCCUGGGUCCAUGCCAGGCUCACACAGUGGGGGGAUGUCAGGGCAGGGCAUUCUACCUCUCCACAGAGAUAUCAGCUUCCCCAUGGGGUCUGUGGAGGCCACCCUGCCCAAACUCAAGGUCCGACGCAGACUUACUUCCAAGGAGACCGGAACCCCAGAGGCGUGGCGCGUGAUGAUGUCUCUGAAGUCAGGUCUGCUGGCUGAGAGCACAUGGGCGCUGGACACCAUCAACAUCCUGCUGUAUGACGACACCACUGUGUCCUCCUUCACCCUGUCACAGCUGCCUGGCUUCCUGGAGCUGAUAGUGGAGUACUUCCGCCGGAGUCUGAUCUCCAUCUUUGGGAUCCUGGAUGAGUACGAGGUGGGCACCGAGGGCCAGAAGAUGCUGCUCGGACCAAUCACAGACCAGGAAGAGGGGCUUACCGUUGCAGAGCUUGACAGCCAGUUAGACGAAGAGCAGAGGGACAGCGGUCCAGAGAAGACCACAGCCAACAGCAACACAGAGGAGGCGGUCCCAGAGGAGAAGGAAGAGCCUGUGGAGGUGACUUUGAAAGAGAAGGUAGAGGGGGAGGAAAAGGAGGGGGCCGCCACCGAGCAGUCCCAGCCCCCAGAGCCCAGGCCCAAACAGGCCAGUAAGUACGACAAGCUGCCUGUGAAGGUGGAGGAGGACCAGGUGGAGGAGGACCAGGAGCUCAGUCUGUCCAGGGGGUUCACCUCUGGCCUGCUGCACUGGAAGGCUGGAGGAGGGGACUCCACUGCCCACAUCCAGACACACUUUGAGAUACGUGGCGAGGAGACCAACAGUAAGCCUACAGAGAGGGAGGAUAAGACACAAAUGACAGAGGAGGAGAGGAAGGCUGUUGUAGAGAAGAGCAUGACUGAGACAGCCACUAUGGACGAUAUGCUGAGUGCCUGGCCAGGCUCUCUGUCAGAGAGGAACGGUCUUCCCGGGACGCAGACCCAGAGCCCUAUCUUCACCCUGCUGGAGGACGAGCCUCGCUGCUGGGACGAGGCGCCCCUCUCCACGGCCGAACCCUGGCAGGACGCCCUGGCCCGCCGCUGCGUUUGCAUCUCCAACAUUGUCCGCGGCCUCUCCUUCAUCCCGGGGAAUGACAACGACAUGUCCUGCCACCCUGGCCUGGUGCUGAUCCUGGGGCGGCUGGUCCUGCUGCACCACCUGCACCCCCAGAGGAGGAGGAUGCCUCCCAGCUACCAGAGAGAGGAGGAGCAGGGCAGGGCCUGCAGUAAAGACCAGUGGUGGUGGGACUGUUUGUCAGCCCUCAGGGAGAACACUCUGGUCACCCUGGCUAACAUCUCAGGUCAACUAGACCUGUCCCUCUACCCAGAGAGCAUCUGUCUGCCCAUCCUGGACGGGCUCCUCCACUGGAUGGUGUGUCCCUCUGCCGAGGCCCAGGACCCCUUCACCACGGCGAGCUGCUCCUCCUCCCUCACCCCCCAGAGACUGGUGCUGGAGUGCCUGUGCAAGCUGAGCAUCCAGGACAACAACGUGGACCUCCUGCUGGCCACGCCGCCUUUCAGCCGCCAGGAGAAGCUCUACGCCACCCUGGUGCACCACGUGGGUGAGCGGAAGUCCCAGGUGUGCCGGGAGAUGGCAGUGGCUGUGCUCUCUAACCUGGCGCAGGGGGACCCGACCGCGGCGCGCGCCAUCGCACUGCAGAAGGGCAGCGUGGGGAUACUCAUCGGCUUCCUGGAGGACUGCGUGGCCAUGUGCCAGCACCAGCAGGGACCCCACAGCCUGUUACACCCAGCAGCACACCCCCAACCCCCCAGCGUUAACAUGAUGUGCAGGGCCGCCAAGGCUCUGCUGGCCAUGGCCAAGGAGCACCGGACAGAGUUGGUUCUCUACGAGAGCAGGCUACUGGAUAUCUCCCUGUCCUCUGUGCUGAGCUCAGCCGUGGCGGCCAUCAUGUGUGAAGUACUGUUUAAGAUUGGACGCUCCUCGUGACAGCCACAGGCAAAGAAACAGAGGGAGGGGGGGUUGGUCUGACUACCAGGCUACAGUGAACACAAACACAUCGGUGUGGGUGGUAUUAUAUUUUUAUUUAAAUAAGACACUUUUUUUUUUUUACAAAUAAAUAUAUAUAUAUAGCUCCUCUGCCCAAAUCACAACCUUUAUUUGGAAUUUUUUUAUCAUUUUAAUAAAAUAUUUAAUACUUGGUAUUUUAAAAAAAGUAUAUUUUUAUUUGUCGCUUCGUUUUUGUUUUAACCAAAGUUGGCACCCAAUGAAAGGUAACGUACUUUAGUUUUGGGGUCUCAUGCUUACAUUUUAUUUGUAUGUGGCUGUUUGUCUGUAUGGGAUCUUUUGUUGGUGUUUUUUUGCAGGGGGAAGCAGACUUAUUUAAAUUGUGAAUCAUGUUGUAGAUAGACCUCUUUAUCGUGUAUUAAGGUAAAGAAAAAACCACUGACUUUACUCUGAAUAUAUAACAGUACAUCAUAUAUCCUGUUCUGGGGGGGUGCCCUAUUGUGCAAUAGGAUUUAGUAGGCUUGUUGAGGGGGGGUUAACAAAUGUGAAUGACUUUCGACCACAGGCAACUGACCACAAGUAUUGCAUCAUAAUAUUAUUACUAUACCAGUAUAACAGGGACGAAACAAGACACCCUGUUCAACUGACUUACUGGUAACCAUAGCAACACAGUACUUCCAUCAGUCCUUAUCUCCUUUUCUAUCUAUAAGCCCAUUUGUAUAUAGAAUAUGUACAUUGACAGCCCUAUUUGGUAUCUUCGCCAAGAGAUGUGGUAUAGAUAAGUGAUGGUAGUUGAUAAUUAUAAUGACCUUUAGAGUUAUUAUUACUGCUCAUUUGAAUACUGGAUAUUUAGUUACUCACUUCAAAUGAGGUUAGUCAUUUUAUGUAUUUAAAAAAAAAUAAUAAUUCUAUUCUGACUGGGACAGGUCUAAGGACAUAUAGGGAUGAGACCGCUCUAGUUUUGGUUCUGAAAAGACAAGCUUAUUUAGAUUGUACAGACAGCUAGCAGACCAUGAUGGGCAGAACUGUAUUCCAGAAUAACAAUGUUGUAUAACAUGCCUGAUUGACAGUUAAGCGUUGUUGUUUUUUACUCUACAUAUAGGGUACUUCUCCCCCUUUCAUUUGAUCAACUUUACAUUGUUUAUUCAGUAUAAAAUCUUUAUUCUAUGUUCCACAUGUUAAGAAUAAACGUACAUGGAUUUUG